GCAAGCUUUCCAUUUCAUUAUUUUCAGGUGGCAUGCGCUACAUUGACCAGCCGGCUGAGGAAAGGACACAUAGUCAAGUAAUCAGAGACAUGCAUAUUGCAUACAUCACAGAAAACACAGUGAAUGGUUUCAAGGGCCCAUCGGCUUUAAUGAGCCUUAAAGGUUUCAACCUUGUCAAGGGAGUCAGCAUCGAAUACAUGCACUGUGUUCUGCUAGGAGUCACAAGGCAGAUAAGCGAGGCCUUGUUCAGUACAACUAACUGUUCUGAACGGUAUUACGUCGGCAGCCCAUCAUCUGUGAGAGAAGUUAAUAACCGCUUGUUAAGCAUUCAACCUCCUCACUGCAUCACACGUCUACCCCGUCGCAUCGAUGACAGGGCUCAUUGGAAGGCUUCAGAAUGGAAGCACUGGCUUCUUUUCUACGCCCUGCCAUGCCUUGAUGGCCUGAUCCCCCAUGAGUACUGGCGUCACCUCGUAAAGCUGUCGGAGGCAGUACAUAUUCUGCUUAGAGAAGAGAUAUCUACUCAGCAGAUAGACCAUGCAGAUCGCCUUCUGUCAUUGUUUGCAGCACGCUGUGAGGCACUAUAUGGUGUGACAGCAGCGGCGUUUAAUGUGCACCAGCUCUACCACCUUGCAGAGAGUGUUCGACAUUUGGGGCCAUUGUGGGCCCAUUCUGCCUUUUCAUUUGAGAGUGGGAAUGGGCAUCUUGUAAAGUCGGUGACCGCUGCUCAUGGCCUGCACCAUCAGAUUGUUGAGCGCGUGGUUAUGGGGCAAUAUCUAGAGCACUUCAUCGCCACUGCAAAUAUCUCGGAAGAGGACAGGGCAGUUUGUGAUAGUUUCCUUGGACACCCACAUAUCCAGAAUGCAGUUGAAGAAGGUGGUGCAACGUUUCUUGGCCUGAACAAGCAUGCUACACUCAGUGCUUCCAAAAUGCAAGCACUGAAUGAUACUGGCUAUGGUGGCAGUAGUAUUGAGUGA